AUGGCCAAAAAAUAUGUGGUGCCCGGCCGGUACAUUGACCAACAUGCGCUUGAGGUUUAUUUUGGUAAAGUUUUCGGUUACGGUAAAGCACAAGUCACUUGUGUACGCGGGGCUUUCCAAUGUACACUUCCUCGAGCAUUGACUCAGGAGGAAUGGGAUAAGAUGAAGAGCUCUGUAGAGUAUGGGCACUACGACGAUGUGUAA